CAUUUCUCAAGAAUAUGAAAAAGGAGCACAUUGUUCAGUUCAUUAAAAAUGCCUAAGGAACAAUUUCGUGGUGCGGAUUUGAUAAAGAAAAUAUCACAUGUGGAGUUCAGCAUCAGUAGCCCCGAAGAAAUUCAACAAGAGUCCCAUUUGCGUAUAGUGUCGAAGAACUUGUAUCAAGGUCAACGUCGGCCAGUUCCCUAUGGUGUUUUAGAUCGUCGUAUGGGUGUUAGCAGUAAGGACGCUACUUGUGAGACAUGUGGCCAAGGUUUAAACGAGUGUAUAGGUCAUUUCGGAUUUCUGGACUUGGCAUUACCAGUAUUCCAUAUAGGUCAUUUUCGUUCUACCAUUAAUAUAUUACAAACUAUUUGUAGAUCAUGUUCUCACGUCAUGUUGAAAGAAUCUGAUAAAUACAUUUUUUCAAAGAAAUUAUUGAAUCCAAACUUCAGCUAUUUAGCUAAGAAGGCCUUACAUGCCCAAAUAUUAAACAAGGCUAAGAAACAAUUGAAAUGUCCGCACUGUAACGCUACUAAUGGAGGUGUAAAAAAGGGUCCUGGUCUAUUGAAGAUUUUACAUGACCCUAACAAGAGUAAAAAGGCUGAUGCUCUCUUGAGUAAAAAUUUAGAUGAGUUACUACAAGCCACGGAUAGCAAUCGAGAAUUAAAUCAAAUGCUCACUAACUAUAAUCAAGUCGAAGAAUUGAAUCCUUUAACAGUACUGGAAUUGUUCAAAGCGAUACCAAAGUCUGAUAUUGCUUUGCUUGGGAUGACUAGCGAAGGAGCCAGCCCUACUAAUUUAAUAGUUACUCGUGUAUUUGUCCCGCCAGUUUGUAUAAGACCAUCAGUAAUAUCUGAAGUCAAAGCUGGAACCACUGAAGACGAUUUAACAAUGAAACAAAGUGAAAUUUUAUUGAUUAAUGAUGUUAUACAAAAGCAUAUGACUGGUGGUGGCAAGAUCGAGCUAAUUCAAGAAGAUUGGGAUUUCUUGCAGCUGCAUGUAGCCUUGUACUUUCACAGUGAAAUAUCGGGUAUACCCCUUAAUAUGGCACCGAAAAAAACAACUCGAGGAUUAGUGCAGCGCUUAAAAGGUAAACAGGGUCGCUUUAGAGGAAAUCUGUCCGGAAAACGCGUAGACUUCUCGGGACGCACUGUGAUCAGUCCAGAUCCCAAUUUGAUGAUAAAUCAAGUCGGUGUUCCAGAGCGAGUGGCCAAAAUUUUAACCUAUCCUGAACGCGUUAACCCAGCCAAUAUACAUAACAUGAAAGAGCUUGUAAAAAAUGGUCCUAAUGUUCACCCGGGUGCUAAUUAUGUACAACAAAAGGGUUCCACCUUCAAGAAAUAUUUAGCUUAUGGUAACCGUGAUAAGGUGGCUCAUGAUCUUAAAUGUGGCGAUAUAGUUGAGAGACAUUUAUGCGAUGGUGAUAUAGUUUUAUUCAAUCGCCAGCCCUCGCUUCAUAAAAUGUCGAUUAUGUGUCAUCAGGCCAAGGUACAGCCUCAGCGUACUUUCCGUUUUAAUGAAUGCGCUUGUACGCCUUAUAAUGCUGAUUUUGACGGGGAUGAGAUGAAUUUGCAUUUACCACAAACGGAAGAAGCUCGAGCCGAGGCUUUAGUCUUGAUGGGCAAUAAUUCAAACUUGGUUACACCUAAGAAUGGUGAAAUUCUAAUAGCUGCCACCCAGGAUUUUAUUACCGGUGGUUAUCUAUUAACGCAAAAAGAUGAGUUCCUUACAAAAGAGCAGGCCAUGCAAUUGGCUGUUUGUGUUCUAGCAGGUCCAGAUGCGCGUAUGAAAAUUGAUAUGCCGCCACCAACAAUACUAAAACCACGUAAACUGUGGACUGGCAAGCAAAUAUUCAGUUUAUUGCUGCGGCCGAAUAAAGAAUGCCCUGUUAAAGUUAAUCUUAUAACUAAAGGGCGCAAUUAUACGACAAACUACGAUCUGUGCGUAAAGGAUUCCUGGGUAAAUAUACGAAAUUCAGAAUUGCUGUGCGGUUCAAUGGACAAAAGCACUUUGGGCUCAGGCACAAAGAAUUGCGUUUUCUACGUCAUUUUAAGAGACUUCGGAGAAAGUUACGCCACCAAGUGCAUGUGGCGUUUGGCGAGAAUCGCUUCGUAUUUUAUACAAAAUCGUGGUUUCUCGUUCGGGAUCAGUGAUGUUACACCCAGCGCAAAAUUGCUUGAGGAGAAGCAAAAAUUACUCGAAAAAGGUUAUGCUAAAUGCGAUGAGUACAUCUUAGAGAUGAAGAAAGGGACGUUACAAUGCCAGCCCGGCUGUACUCCCGAACAAACUUUAGAGGCCGUUAUGCUGCGCGAACUCUCCAGUAUACGUGAACAGGCAGCCAAAGCUUGUUUUCGCGAAUUGCAUCCCACUAACAGUGCGUUGAUUAUGGCUUUAUCUGGUUCGAAAGGAUCUAAUAUUAACAUAUCCCAAAUGAUAGCCUGCGUUGGUCAACAGGCUAUCAAUGGUAAACGGGUACCGAAUGGCUUCGAAAAUCGAGCUCUGCCGCAUUUUGAGAAGUUUUCGUCUAUUCCCGCUGCUCGUGGUUUUGUGCAAAGCAGCUUUUUUUCGGGUCUAUCACCAACCGAGUUCUUUUUUCAUACAAUGGCGGGCCGUGAAGGUCUAGUAGAUACCGCCGUUAAGACCGCUGAAACUGGUUAUCUGCAGAGGCGCUUAGUAAAGUGUCUAGAGGACUUAGUAGUUCACUAUGACGGUUCGGUACGUAAUACUAUUGGAGAAAUCGUUGAAUUGAUUUACGGUGGGGAUGGUUUAGAUCCUGUUUAUAUGGAAAUUAAGAAUAAGCCCGUUGAUCUUAUACGUCAAAUGAAUCAUUUACGUGCCGUGCAUCCCUAUCGCAAUGAAAAACCUUUAAAGGCUGAGCAUAUAAUACCGAAAACUAAGGAAAUUUUGGGUGAAGAGGAAUUUGUCAGUAGUCGAGAAGAUUUUCGAGAAACUGUUAUCGCCUUCAUUAAUAAAGUUGCGGAAAAAAUUAAACAAAUUCAGGAUAAAUACGCUAAACAUCAUAAACUGGGUCAGGAAAUUGAACGUUUAACUGAGGGCCAAAUACGUACAUUCAUGCGUUGGGUUAAUGAUAAAUAUAGCCGCGCCGUGACUGAACCAGGCACGGCUGUUGGAGCGGUAGCUGCUCAAAGUAUUGGAGAGCCUGGCACUCAAAUGACACUUAAGACGUUUCAUUUUGCUGGUGUAUCAUCUAUGAAUAUUACGCAAGGUGUACCGCGUAUUGUCGAAAUUAUUAACGCAACGAAAACAAUAUCAACUCCAAUUAUAACCGCUGAGAUAAAUAAUAAUACGAAUAUUGAAUUUGCUCGCAAAGUAAAGGCCCGGAUAGAGAAAACAACUUUAGGAGAAAUCUCAUCGUAUAUAGAAGAAGUUUAUCGAUGUAAUAAUUGUUAUUUAGUGAUACGUUUAGAUCUGAAUCGCAUCAAGGUAUUGGGCUUAGAAAUUAAUGCCGAAACCAUUAGAUAUUCUAUUUGCACGUCAAAAUUGCGAAUCAAACCCGCUCUAGUGGAUAUUGUAGGCUCUUCCAUUAUUGUAAUACGCGUUGAUUGCUCAAAGCAUGGUGCCGCCCUGAAUGCCGAACUGCAGCGUUUGUCAACAACGGUGCAAAACGUAGUCGUAGCUGGUCUACCAAAAAUUUCACGGGCUGUUAUUGCCGUUGACGAUUCUCGUCAGCCUGCCACAUAUAAACUAUGUAUCGAAGGAGCCGGUUUGCGUGAUGUUAUGGCCACGUAUGGCGUUAUAGGCACUCGCACAAAGAGUAAUAAUAUUUCGGAGGUUUAUAGUACUUUGGGCAUAGAAGCGGCACGUACCACCAUUAUGAGUGAAGUCACUGAGGUUAUGGAGGGGCACGGUAUGAGUGUAGACCACCGCCACAUAAUGCUUCUGGCUAGUCAGAUGACUUCGCGGGGCGACGUAUUAGGAGUAACACGCCACGGAUUGGCCAAGAUGAGGGAAAGCGUUUUCAAUUUGGCUUCGUUUGAGAAAACAUCGGAUCAUUUAUUUGAUGCCGCCUAUUUCGGGCAAACUGACGCUGUAGAUGGAGUUUCCGAACGUAUCAUAUUGGGUAUGCCUGCCUCAAUAGGCACAGGGCUGUUUAAAUUAGUACAUAAUCAUGAAGAGACAACAUUGCCGGAAGUGCAACCACCUAUCUUCAGUUCGUGGGCAACAUGAUGGAAAUUUCCAUUUAACAAAACCGCAAAAUUCCAUUAAAAGCUUUAAUCAAUUUUCUUUACGUUUGAAUUUAAAUAUUUGUUUUUUAUUUCAA